AUGUCUGCGUCAUCAGAGGCCAAUACAGAUGGCAAGCACCGGUAUGCUCGCGUUAAUGUGGACAAGCCACGAGAAUACUGGGAUUACGAGUCUGCUCGAAUUCAGUGGAGCUCGCCUGAACGGUACGAGAUAGUUGAAAAAAUUGGCCGAGGGAAGUACAGCGAUGUGUUUCUAGGGUGGGAUACCAAAGUCCGUCGUCAGGUGGUUAUCAAGGUGCUCAAGCCUGUUAAGAAGAAGAAGAUUUUACGAGAGCUAAAGAUUCUUCAAAAUCUUCAGGGAGGGUCCAACAUCGUGGAGUUGUUUGACGUCGUACGUGAUCCAUGCAGUAAGACACCUUCUUUCAUAUUUGAGUAUGUUCCAGCCUCCGAUUUCCGAACAAUAUUUCCUAUUUUGACGGACCACGACGUCCGUUACUAUAUUUUUGAGCUUCUGAAAGCUUUGGAAUACGCGCAUUCAAUGGGUAUCAUGCACCGCGAUGUAAAACCGAACAACAUCACAAUUGAUCAUAAUCGACGCAGACUUGUUCUCAUUGACUGGGGUCUGGCAGAAUUUUAUCAUCCUGCCACGACUUACAAUGCUCGCGUGGCUUCUCGCUAUUUUAAGGGUCCGGAGCUCCUAGUUGAGCUUCCCAUGUACGAUUACCGGCUUGACAUGUGGUCGCUCGGGUGCAUGUUUGCAGGUAUUAUCUUUAUGAAGGAACCAUUUUUCCAUGGAAAGGACAAUAACGAUCAACUGGUUCGCAUUGCCAAAGUUCUAGGAACCGAUGAGUUAAUGGAGUACCUCCAAAAGUACAACUUGACGCUUUCUCCUCUUUUGGAGGCGGCAGUGGGUCGUCAUAGCAAAAAGCCGUGGAAUACAUUUAUAACCCGAGAGAAUCAACAUUUAUGUUCGCCAGAGGCCCUCGAUUUCUUAGAUCAUCUGCUCCAAUACGAUCACGUGAAACGUGUGCAGGCGUUAGAGGCAAUGCAACACCCAUACUUUGAUCCUGUGCGGGCUGAGUGCAUGGGCAAUGUGGCGGAGAAUAAGGUCACUGUGUAA